AUGGGCUAUCUGCCCCAGCCGGAGGUGCCCAAGCACAAGGCCAGGUUGGAGGCCAUGAUGUUGGACCUGGCCUCUCUCCGCAGUGUCAGAGAGUUCGCUGACUCCUUCAAGACCAAGAAACUGCCGCUCCACAUCCUGAUAUGUAACGCAGCGGUGUGUACCCAGCCUUGGCGUCUGACGGAGGACGGCCUGGAGUCCACCUUCCAGAUCUGCCACCUAGGUCACUUCCUGUUGGUGCAGUGUCUACAGGAAGUGCUGCAACGCUCCGCCCCCGCCCGUGUGGUGGUGGUGUCCUCUGAGUCACACAGGUUUACAGACCUGCUGGACCAGUGUGGUAAAGUGGACCUUGCUGUGCUGUCUCCUCCUCAGAAGGAUUACUGGUCCAUGCUGGCCUACAACCGGGCCAAGCUGUGUAACCUCCUGUUCUCUAACGAGCUCCACCGACGCCUCUCGCUCCACGGGGUCACCUGCAAUGCAGUGCACCCUGGGAACAUGAUGUACACGGCCAUCCAUCGUAGCUGGUGGCUGAUGACCCUGUUCUUCACCCUGGCUCGCCCCUUCACCAAGUCUAUGUCCUCCCGGUUUUGACCCUUGCCUGUUCUCUGGAUUUUGUACCCGCCUG